AUGCGAACACCAGAACGAGGCAUUCGUCGUGUGUGCGAUGAGUCAUUAUGUCCCCCUUCCCAAUGUGACCUUCGAGCCGAUCGACUUGGAGUCGGGGCUUGGAGACGUCUUUCGAAGUGUCACUCCGAGCUUCCUCCGAAAGGAGGAGGACCAGGAGGACGAGGAUUUCUGGAAAACAUGCUGUCCAGACAUAACCUACAAGCAGAGAGCUACCGGUUGGGCUGCAUGUUUCGGUCUAGGCUUGCUGCUGCAAGUCUUGAGUCUGGGCUCGCUGUCUCGAGCAAUGCUCGGCCAUCCCAGCCGCUUCGCGCUAACAUACACCCUAGGGAACAUGGUGGCGCUUAUCGGAACCUUUUUCCUGGCCGGACCCAGACGGCAAGUCCGCAAGAUGGCAGACAAGAGCAGGGCAAAUACGUCGACAAUCUUCCUGGUGUCAAUGAUUUUGACACUGCUGGGCCUUCAGGUACCACAUUUCUUUGGUCGUUCGCUGGUUAUCCUGGCCUUAGUUGGCCUACAAUGGGCCUCCCUUGCGUGGUACACGCUUUCAUACAUCCCGUACGGACAGCGGCUCGCGACCACUGUUCUGAAGAAAUGUUUCGGAUGGUGCUGCUUCUGACUGCUACUUCCUGA